CCACCUCACCUACCACCUCAGAUCCCAAAUAUGUUCCCUCAUGUUGAUCAUGCAGAAGAAGGAGAUGAAAACCAACCUCACAACUCAGCUUACAACUCAACUUCCACCACUAAUCAAGAUGUAGUUACAGCUCAGCUUGCUGCUAUGCAACAAUAUGAGUCUCAGGGUCAGUCUCACAUAGCUCCAGCUCAACAACCUCUACCUGAUGAUGUCACUCGACGUCUGGACAGUCUAGAAAAACUGGUAGCCGAACAGCGAGGUGCCCCACCUCCACACCCUCAUACUAAUUCCAUACCUCAUCCUCUGAACGCCAACAUCACAUUAGAACCUUAUCCCAUCUUUCCCUCCACUCUUCGUGGUAAUGCUCGAGCCUGGUAUUAUAGUUUUCCCCCAAGAUCUAUCAGCUCCUAUUCAGAAAUGGCAUCUGCUUUUGCCACAAAGUUUUCCAAUAGAAGGUUGAUCAGGAAAACUACUUUUGAACAGAUGCGAGUCAAACAAAGGGACGAAGAAUCUCUAAAGAAUUACAUGAGCAUGUUUAAUGAUGCAGUUCUCGAAGCCAGCUCCUUCAACCAAGCCGUAGGAAUUGCGGCUCUAAUUCAAGGUCUCCAACAUGAAAGAUUCAGAGAUAGCUUAAUAAAGCAUCCUACUGCUACUUUCAACGAGAUCAAGAAUAAGAUGGAUUUGAGGCCACCAGUGCCGAUGAGCAGUUCUACUGUUACACGUGAUCAUACCAGAUACUGUGAUUUUCAUCAAGAUCAUGGUCAUAUAAUGGAGCAGUGCAAUAGUCUGAGGUCUGAGUUGGAAAACCAAGCUCAGAAGGGAAUGCUGAAUGAAUACAUCCAGAGAACUGAGCAACCGAAGUUUGUUAGAGAACAGGGGCCACAGCCACAGGGAUCUCGUAGCGCAGGAAAAAAACAGGGUGUGGGAUAUCAACAAGUGCCACCUCCACUCCCACCACCGACUAGAAUUAUACAUAUGAUUACGGGAGGCUUGGAAGCAGGAGUUGUCACACCCCAUAAUGAUCAUCUGGUCACUUCCGUCAUGAUUAACAACUAUGGGAUACAACGUAUCCUUGUUGACAUAAGGAGUGCACCAAACAUUAUGUACUUUCACUGUUUUGAGAGUCUUGGGCUGGAUCCAGCUUUGUUGCAGAGGUACGAUGGUCCCAUCUAUGGAUUCAGCAACCAACCUGUUCAAGUGGAAGGAGUCCUUACUUUCAACGUUGCUUUUGGAAGCGACCGCACUUAUGUUACCCCUUUGGAGGUGGCUAGAAAUUACUACAUUACCUUAGUUACAAGGCCUCAGAAAGGCAAAGAUCAGACACCAGAAACCAUUCUCCAACGAGUUCCUAACAAUCAGCAAGUCAUAGGUGUUGACAUAGUAGACAACCAACCAGAGGAUGAAACCAAGGCUACCCCAAUUGAGGAUGUAGAAGAAGUGCAAAUGAAUGACAAAGAUCCAAACAGGAAAACACAAAUUGGAACUCGGUUAAACCCAAAGGAAAGAGCAAAUCAAAUAGCUUUCCUCCAGACUAACAAGGAUGUCUUUGCUUGGAUCUCAGCGAACAUGCCAGGGAUCCUAACCUCGGUUAUAAAAGAAGAGGUAGAUAAGCUCCUACAAGCUGGUUUCAUUAGAAGAGUUGAUUACUGCGAAUGGGUGGCUAACCCGGUGUUGGUCAAAAAGGCAAAUGGUAAAUGGCGAAUGUGCAUCGAUUACACAAAUCUCAACCAAGCUUGUCCUAAGGACUGCUAUCCAAUGCCAAGCAUUGACAAAUUGGUUGAAGCGGCUUCUGGAAAUGAGAGAUUAAGUCUGUUGGAUGCAUAUUCUAGUUACCACCAGGUGCCGAUGGCUCCAGAAGAUGAAGAGAAAAUAUCAUUCUAUACAGGUGAUGAAAUUUACUGUUAUGUCAUGAUGCCCUUUGGCUUAAAGAACGCAAGUGCCACUUACCAGAAAAUGGUGACCAUCGUCUUCCGAGCUUAGAUCGGCAAGAAUCUGAAAGUUU